AUGUUGACAUUCACCUUGAAGGCACUGGCCGCCCUGGCUGCGGCAGUAUCUGCUCAAGCAGCACCACCCGAUAGCCAUGCUGGCCAACAUGCAACGCGGCAAGCGGCGGACUAUGAAGGCUACAUGUUUGCAUACUUCACGGGAAACAGCAUUGAGGGGGAGAAGAUAUACUUCGCCGCCAGCAACGGAAACAAUGCUCUAGAUUGGCAAGAGCUUAAUGGUGGCCAGCCAGUUCUGUCGUCGAAUCAAGGCACCAAAGGUCUUCGCGAUCCCUUCAUCAUCCGAUCGCAAGACGGCAACACAUUCUGGCUGCUUGCGACGGACCUCUCAAUCGGCUCCGGCACAUCAUGGGGCGACGCAGUGAAGUUUGGGAGUCGAUACCUUGAGAUAUGGGAGAGCAACGAUUUGGUGACCUGGUCUGAGCAACGACACGUUCUUGUCUCUCCUGAAGAUGCUGGCAACACUUGGGCACCCGAAGCGUUCUACGACACGGCAACCAGCGAGUUCAUUGUCUACUGGGCCUCGUCUCUUUACGAGGAUACUGACACGAAUCGUACCGGUGCUACGUACCAUCGCAUGCUGUAUGCGACCACUAAGGACUUCAAGGCUUUCAGUGAGCCAAAGAUCUGGCAAGACGCUGGCACCUCUCGCAUAGACUCCACCACUGUUGAGGUUGACGGUACCUUCUACCGUUUCACCAAGGACGAGGGUGCCGUCUCUGGCUGCACCGACAUCAUCGAAGAGUCUUCGCAGGAUCUGCUCGCUCAGCUGAACGGAUGGACCAGUAUCGCCACUUGCAUCGGCAAGAACGCUGGCACGCAAGCCAUCGAAGGACCGACCUCUUUCAAAUCAAACCCUGGAGAUGCCAAUGGAGACAAGUUCUACCUCUUCGUCGACGAGUAUGGUGGCCGUGGCUACAUCCCACUCGAGACUGCUGAUAUUGCCAAGCCCGAUUGGAAGGUCUCCGCAAACUACAAGCUGCCAGCAAGCCCACGACACGGCACUGUUAUCCCCGUGACAGCCGCAGAACUGAGCCGAUUGACCAGCUCCAACUUGAAGGUUCGGGACGAUGGCGCCCUUCUUAGGCGUGGUGAGAGAAUACCAGGAUUGUACGCAGACCCCAACAUUGCCGUCUUCGGUACUCCUGGCUGGGGAGGCAACCAAUUCUAUGAAAGAUCUUCCGAGCCAUUCCUUACUCUCAAUGGCACAAAUAGCAACGUCCCUUGGGCUGCUGAUGGCAAAUAUUACUUCUACUUCUCUGGACAGAACCCAAUCUACGACCGUAAGACCAUCGGCGUGGCUGUUGCAGACUCUCCAGAGGGGCCCUUCACAGCGCAAGCUGAGGCUAUGAUCCUGAACAACGAGGCUGUCACUUCUGGCCAAGCCAUCGACCCAGAUGCAUUCCUCGAUCCAAAGACUGGGAAGUAUUACCUCUACUGGGGCAACGGCAACCCAGUAAUGGCCGAACUAGCAGAAGACAUGAUCUCCAUCAUUCCCUCGACGCUCCAAAACAUCUCCGGCCUGACAGAGUUCCGCGAGGGCAGCUUCGUAGUCUAUCGCGAGCCAUUCUACCACUUCACAUACUCCAUCGAUAACACCGGCAGUGAAAACUACCGUGUCGGCUACGCUACUGGUCCCAGCGCCACUGGACCAUGGACAUAUCAUGGCGUCGUGCUAGAGAAGAGGCCGGAGGAGGGAAUUCUUGCCACGGGGCAUAACUCGAUGAUCAACGUGCCGGGAACUGAUGAGUGGUAUAUUGCGUACCAUCGCUUUGCGAUCCCAAUGGUGAUGGAACGCAUCGUGAGACAACGCUUGAUAAAGUCACGUUUGACGAGCAAGGGGUGA